AUGAGGUCUCUGCUCCCCCUUUCGCUGUUGCUUUUGCUGGCGGCCGCCUACUCCGGAGGCGGGAGCGCGCGGGGGCUUCGGGCUGCGCGGGGGCAAGGGCCGAGGGACAGCUCCGUCUCGCCCUCAGUGACCUCAGCGCCGUUCUGGGUUCGCUUAAGCCCGGAGUUGGUGGCAGUGCCGCCGGGGGGCUCGGUGUGGCUCAACUGCAGCAGCAGCUGCCCCCUACCGGAAGGCUCCGGACUUGUCACUCAGCUGCAGCGAGGCAAGACGGUCAGUGGGCUGAGCUGGAUGUCCUACCAGCUGCUGGACGUGAGGGCCUGGAGCUCUGACGUGCGUUGCUUCAUCACCUGCGAGGGAAAAACCCGCUGGGCCACGGCAAGAGUCACCGCUUACAAACAGCCACACAGCGUAAUCCUGGAGCCUCCGGUCUUAGUGGGUAGCGAAUACACGCUGCGCUGCCGCGUGACACAUGUGUUCCCCGUGGGCUUCCUGGUGGUGACCCUGCGGCGUGGUGGCAGAGUCAUCUAUUCGGAGAGCCUGGAGCGCUUCACGCGCCUUGGUCUGGCUAAUGUGACGCUGACCUACGUGCUGUCCUCUGGGCCCUGCGACCUCUGGCAGCCCGUGACGUGCCACGCGCGUCUCAAUCUUGACGGUCUGGUGGUCCGUAGCAGCUCGGCACCCGUGACGCUGACCGCCUUCGGUGAGGCACCUCUGUAA